GAAGAAGAAGCCCCGCCGCUGCUGCAGCAUCACCGGUUAGCUGUUAGCUCUUCCGUGUUGUUGCUGGUUGUUAGAUGGCUAUCCUGUUCGCUAAACGUACCGCCACAGACCUGAUGUAGGGUGAUAACCGAGCCCAGCCCAGGAUGUGCUCCGUGGUCAGAUGUAACUCGUGGCGUCGCCGAGCGCCACGCUUCAUUCUACCAGAAGACCCAGAGAAGAGACUGGAGUGGGUCCAGUUUCUCUUCGAAGUCAAUGGUCAGAGACUCAAAGAGUCCUCGUGGACGGACAUCAGCGUUUGCAGCGAACACUUCACGCGUGACUGCUUCGUCGUGGCUCCAGCUGCGGGCUCGGCCCAGUUGAGGUCCGAUGCAGUCCCGUCGGUGUGUGAGCCCGAGCAGGACACUAUUCAACCUGAAGAUGCAGCUUGUAAACCUAGUCCAACUCCAGGAUCUUCAGCACUACACAACGAUGGGACCUUCACUUUGACAAGUGUUCCUGCAAGCCCAGCGUCAAGCGAGGCUUCGGUAUCUUCAGAGUCCGGUUACUGUAAGAUGCUGGACAAAAUUGAAAACCUUGACAUUAUCAAGGAAAAAGUCAACCUGCUUAAGACGAAUAAGAGAUAUGUUGUAAAUGAAAAGCGUCUCUUCCAACUGUUCAGUCCCACGUGCCCUUUGUGCCAGUCUAAAGUCAAAACGGAGAAGGUGGUCUGCGGGUUGCUCUUAGUCCUAAACCAGCGGUGCCUGGAGUGUGACUACAGUAAACAGUGGAAAAAUCUGACCGAAACCAGCAUCACUGCAGUGUCAGAUGAUCAUCAGACAGAAUGCAUGGAAAUAUCUUUAGAGACAAUUUCAAGAGAUAAGACAGUCGGAAGCAGUGAGAUCGUCAACACUGACGAGGAGAGCGACUCCGCGGAUGAAACCGAUGAAUCCAACAAUUCGGAAGGGGCCAGGGAUUCAGACGACAACUGGGUGCCAGAGGAAGAGCCUCUCGUUUUCGAAUCUGAGGAGGAGGAGGAGGAAGAUUGCUCUUUUGAGGAAGUCAACAACGGCUCCGUUUCCAAACACCGGGAGCUCUGCACGGAGUGCGGGAAGUUCUUUGAAAAACAACGGCCUCACACCUGCGAGCAUAUAAUCAAGCCCAUCUCUUGUAACAUCUGCGGGAAGAGGUACGUCAACGAGCAAGCUUUAAACCUUCACAACAGGGUGCACAACGUCGACUACAAGCAUCGCUGCAAAUACUGCCACGUCGUGUUCCAGACUAAGCUUGACAAAAUCACUCACGAGCAGACCCACCUGAUUCAGGACAAGCCUUAUAAAUGUCCCUGCUGUCCCGAGACGUUUGCCAGAUUCUUGGAGCGCAGGGACCACUUGGAAACUCACGAGGAGCGAAAGCGGAACUGUUCCUACUGCGGGAUCAGGUUCGUUUCUCAUUUGGCGCUCCAGAGACACUUGAUAGUUCACACGGGAGAGAAGCCGUACAAGUGCGUGGUGUGCCAGCGUGGCUUCAACCAGUCCGGCCACCUCAAGUCCCACAUGCGCCUGCACACGGGGGAGAGGCCUUAUAAGUGUCCGCACUGCAGCAAGUGCUUCACGCACAACGUGAGCUUAAAGAGUCACGUCCAGCGUUACCACACGGCGUCGGAGGAUCAACAGAAGACGACGAAGCAAGGGGCGGACCCUCAGGGUAACGGAGGCCCGGACUCCGUGAAUGACAACGUGGAGAAAAAUCAGGUUACACAAAAGAAGGUCGGCUAUAAAUUUAAAAGGAAAACCACAGGCAGGCCGCUCGGGAGGCCUAAGAAGAACCUCACCGGCUCGUCGACGGAAGAAAGACGAGGCCGAGGUAUGAACGCCAAGACAGCCAAAGCACAGAAGCGGAAGGCGAAGCGGAGGCGGUCGAAGUGGGAAGAAAGCGAGGAGGAGACUAGCGAAAACGAGGAAUCCUUGGACUUAACAGAGGACGAAGAGCAGAACGAGAAAGCGAGGUCGGGGCGGACGGCAAAACGUCUAGCGCUUGACCCGACGGGAGUUGAGAAAAAGGAGCAGAACGAAAAAGUGAGAUCGAGAAGGACAGCAAAGCGUCGAGCGCUUGACCCGACAGGAAUUAGGAAAGAGGAGGAGAGCGACAACAGCGUAAAAGAUCAAGAAGCCCCAGAGGAAGACGAAGGAAAAAAGAUGUUUGCUGAGGAAACGUAAAGUAUGAGUGAAGCCCACAUUUAUUCGUACCCCAGGCAGAUUUAGCCAAGUCAGUUUUUAUUUUUGCCAACAUUUUUCUUUUGACUAGAAGUAGCUAAUAUUUUGGAGUGGCCCAGCUAAAUUCAGUCUGAUAGAGAAUCUGUGGAAGGAAGCCUUCCAGUCCGACACUUAAUGAUCGUCAAUUCUGAGGGUUGAUGUAUUAAAACUACUUUUACUCCUCAAAUUAUUGAGAAGGGUAUAAAUACUUUGAAGUGGAAUAAAAUAAAAAAUGUUUAUUUUAUACUUCUUUAACAUAGUUUUAUCUUUUUUAUAAUGGAUCAUUCCCUAUCGAAAACAAGCUUCUUGGAUGGACUAAAGUAAUUUUAGAACUACAUCUGCCAAGGCCAAAAUUAUUGUGGGCUUAACUGUAUAUAUAUAUUUUUUU